AUGUCGAGCCCUGUCUUAUGUGAUUGGUGUCAGACAACUGUCUUUGACAAACAUCUUCUGGCCGUGAUUGAUCGCGGUACGGCUCCACUGUUUGAGUAUCAGGGUCCUUUUGCAGCGACAAUUGACCCAGGGGCAUACUUCGGUAACCAGAAUGCGCUUGCCGGGUUCCAGCGGUCCUAUCGUCAAAACACUGAAUUGCUAUUGCAGAAUGCGUCCCGGGGUGGGCUGCUCGCUGAUUUCGAGUUCUCAAUUACCAUCCAGGAUGCUUGGAAGUGGUCCACAGUGACUGUGGCUGCCGAUGGCAACGAGGAUACGAAUCCUAUCUGUUACUUUCGGGUCUAUAGGACAAUUAGCCCUACCACACUUGCAUUCUCUGGAUCGGCCUUUGGUAACCCGCAGAUACCAGAACAGGACGGCGAUAUCUCUCCAGCAAAUGGCAAUCUUCUCCAACAUGGCAGCUCACUAUCACAGCAACUAGCUCGAGAUGGCCGGGCUCUCCGCGCCUUGAUCAAUGAUUGCACGGCUAAUCACCCUAAUUGCAAACCACGGGAGGGCUUAGACCUUCCUUCCAUUCUGCUCGAGGUUUCUGGGACAUCAAUGUCACCGACCGUGCGCCUCGUCAAGGUGUCAGACGUUAAGGUUGUCCCAAUCCGCUACGUCUGCCUGAGCUACUAUUGGGGCGGAACACAGCCAAACAUGACGACGACCAGUCGGUUGGAUUCAUACAUAGCCGGAAUUGACACGGCAAAGAUCCCCGAAACAAUCCUGGACGCCAUCCGUGUCACCAUUAGCAUGGGCUACCAGUACCUAUGGGUGGAUGCUUUCUGCAUUGUUCAAGACAGCGGGCCGAGCAAGAUCGCCGAGCUAGGUAAGAUGGCCUCUAUUUUCUCAGGAGCCGUCUGCACAAUCUGUGUCAUGUCGGCCAAAACUGCGACCGAAGGCUUCUUGCGACAGGCCUAUCCAGACUCUAGUGAGGGCCAGUCAAUACAUACAUGGCACGCAGAUAUAUGCGACACCACAAGCCAAGGAGCGGCUGCUGUCCUAGAGAUACAGAGCAAUUUCUCCCAGCAAGAUCUUUUUGACAGUCCAAUUCUUGAACGAGGCUGGACUUUCUAA